AUGGUUUACUACUUCAAGUGUGAGCUUGUUUCUCCUCCAUAUCACAUUUAUAUGGGCGCGGAUAAGAAUGAAAACGACGAGCUUAUUCGAUGGGGAUGGCCGGAGGACGUCUGGUUUCACGUUGACAAGUUGUCUUCUGCCCACGUUUAUCUUCGCCUCCGUGAAGGCGAAACACUCGAUGAUGUUCCGGAGGCAGUCAUCCAAGAUUGUGCGCAACUGUGCAAGCAGAACAGCAUAUCGGUAAGUUUUCGUAGGAAUAUAUUUUAAACGCAAACACCACAACUACCUCGUCAUUGUCCUUUUCAGUGUUGCUGUUCAUGGCACUUCCCUCAAAAAGUAUGUGAGGAGAGACAUCUUUUUACCAGUACUGCGGUAAGAUUUAUCAUGGACAGCGUGCAGUACGUCAACCUAAGCUGCGGUGGUUUGCAGGGUUCAACGCCAAUACUUGUAGAGCAGUGUAACGUCCCACAAUGCCUUGCGAUUCACUAAUAUGCCCUCGAAAUGAAAGCUGCGUUAGGCCGAACUAGACAUUCACUUUCACGUCACCUAAAUUUCUAAUGCGCGACAUUUUUUCUAAAGGCGAUUUUUGAUACUUGCUCCUGGGAGGUAAUGGUUUGUUAAACAAGGUGCCUGAUACUAGCCAGGAUACCCGCCCAUGCUGUUCGGCAGUAUUAGCUGAUCACGCACAGGGUUCUCUAGACAGUGUUAGAAAUAGAGGCCGAAUCCAUGGACAGGAGUAAAGUCGUUGCAUCGAUACUCGGGAAGGGCAACCGGCCGUUAGAAUUACGCCCCCGCAAGGUCCCUCUGCCGUGCACCAGAAAUCCUUGUUCCUUUCACUGUCUCUUGCUUGUACCGUGGCGUACGGACAAGGGAGGGUCAAGUUACCUCAAAUCUACUGUUGCAGAACAAAGAAUGGGGUCUUUACAAAUAGCGAGGAAUGGCUUUUUGAUGUCGCCUUCGGUGUCUAUCAGGACCGUAGUCUACUAUCCAGAUGUUAGGGUAUAUCAUGGUCUGUGUAUACAACAAAGGUCAGACCCCAAUUAGUACAAUGAAAAGGCAACCUACAGGAAGAACGUCUUCUGCACAGAAGGAUUGGAAUACUGUUCCAACGAGCACCUCGAGCUGACGUCAGACAACGUAGUCAUUUUGCAAGUCCUAACUGUACUUGAGCGAAUAGAAAGGCGGUGGUAAGUGAACAUGCAGAUUUGCUCACUCUGCUCCCAUGUGACCCCAUGCAAUUCGUUGAUUGGACUAGUGCGUCCGUGCUGCGCCCGCCCAAGGUGCUGGCCGUAUGCGUCUUGUGUGACCUGACCAAAAGUCGCAUACUGGGAAAUUAUUACAAGUGGAAUGCCUCAAAUUUCACUGGCGACUUCGUAAUGCCGACAGGAUGUUUUGUAAAAUGCACCUUGGAGCGUCCGAGGUAGGUGCGAUGUCUGCGGAAGUGAGGAUGAUAGUAAGCUCGACUACAAAAACGAGGAUGUCGUGUUUCUAUGUCAGAGAUGCCUGCCUGCCGGGGGUGGACGCUGAUUUAUUUGAGCAAAUGGAUAGCUUUUAGCACCCUGGCUCAACCUUCCUAUCAAACCGGCUACACAAAAUUCGAGUCACUCUUCGAAUCUAUCAGGUGAGCACAUCUUUAGUCCGGCUCCAUUAAAACCCCUGGAAUCUGAGUGAAGCCAUUUAGGAUACUAAACUGACUGUGCGUUAGAACUAUGUAGAAAAAAUUCUGUUGUUAAGACGCGUCCCAUAUGCCUAGAAGAUACUAGUGUCAUAGAUGUAUUCGGUCCAUGGCGCAUACUAUCUAUUCCCUAGAUUUGUGUCUCCGUUUAUACUUUCAACGAAUGACUGUACCGCUAGCCAAGACGAUUUGGCCAAGUGGUGUGCCGAUUCAAAGACACAAGGACCUGGAAUGCCGUCUCACCCGAUUCCAGAUCUGACCGGCCAUGGCAUUUAUGUAGGCAACUGAAUCUGUGACCUAUCUCAGGUUCUACCGUCUUUGGGGAUGGCAUGCGGACGGACCGUAUUUCGCCAAGGAAGGCAGCAUGAAUGGAUGACAGUCAUUCGUGAUGCGGCUAAAUUAUAACAAUCAGGUGACUGAAUUUGUAGUCCCUAAGGUAGCCAAGACUACCAGUGAGAGAGUAGCUAUUGUGCGUUUUCGCCCUUUUAAUUUUGCGAACGUAGUAUGCCUCCAGGCGAGCAAGAUUGUGGCCAAAAAAUCGCUCUGCCGAAACUCUCAAACAAUCUGUACUCGAAUCUUGAAUUUCACGUCGUUAAGCUGCCAACAUAGGUUGAUCUGAUGCUGUGUGACAUGACGCCUGCCUACUCUUAUGGCUUGCUGCGAUUCUCAUCUAGUACGGCUGAUAGGGCCCUAGAGCAUUGACGCACUCAUGUUUCUACCUGGCUGUUAUCUCAUUGGCCGCUGUCCAGUCAUCUGCUCAACAUUAGGCAAAAAGUGUAACCUCAAUUGAGCAGAACACGACCCGUCGUCUGCAUUUUGUGCACAGCAGAACAAGAGCUUGUGGUAGCCUCUGAUUCUGGCAUCGGAAUAUGAUCUGUUGAGAAAUUUUAGGACCCGGACGGCAGCAUAUAACCAGAAUUUGUGUUUGUCAUUAAGAGUUUAGGUGGCUGAAGCACUGUAUUUUAUGUUUCAAGGAAACACGGCAUCCUAGCAAUCAGGCCUCAGAUUGGGUUCCACACCAAGGACCUGUGAGUGUAAAUUUAAUGGUAGCCAGCCUGAGCUGCCAAGGAUUCUUAACAAAAGUCACUUCUCAAGUUGUGACCUCCUAAUCUAAGCUAAAAGUAUUGUACAGAUUGGAAAUUACUCGUCUCGAGCUGCAAUGUGAAAGUACGUUUUUAAUCAGCGACGAACACUUAAAUGAGUUUGAGGCACUAACAUCGAAUUUGCGCGGUCGCGGGCGGCAUUUCGAUUGUUUCUGUCUGCACUCGGUACAAAGCGCUACUUGAACAGUUUGUACUUUUUCUCCUCAUUUUUGAUACCUUUAUGAACUGUGUUUUAGUUCCCUGGAAGCUGUCAUCUCCCAUGUGGAGAACAACCUCCAGGAAAGGGAAUAAUUCGAUUUCUUAGCGACUGAAAGUUUUAGACGCUCGCGCGACCUAAGAUCCACAACAUUAUCAACAUUUGUGGCAGUAGGUAUGAUCACAAAGAGUCCUCUUCAUAAGCAGAUAUAUGCAUUCGUGUGAAAGGAAAUGCCUGACGUACAGAUGGAACGCCUUAAGGCCAAGCGGAAACGUGGGUUGUGUCUGCCAAUAUGCAGAACUUGAAUUUUUUUUAAAUCCAACGACCAAAUUUGAAAAGUGUAAGCGUCCUACAAAAUGGCCAUAAAAUGUAAUUCCUAUGAACAAAUGGUGGAAGACGAAGAAACAUUGGACAGCAGGCACUGUACUGUGCCAUACUCAAGUGGUGUUUAUUUUACCAGACAGUGAUUACUGCACGCGGUUACAAAUAUUCUCAGUCGAAAUCCCACAUACGUCAUGCGUGGAUUCAUGUGGAAUUGUGUUGGAUGCCCAUAAACUUUGCCUCACUCGCGUGUGAUUGGUACGGAUGUAAUUUUUCUGGAUGUAACCGGCCUCGUUCACGAGGUUUCUCCAGUAUUCUGUUCGAAGAUGCGCUUAGGUAUUUCCGUUCAUGUCAGUUCAAAGGUUUUCAGCGCCCACUUUACUUGGCUUCUGAAUUUUUCUAAUAAGUGACUACCUUUGCAGCCCUAAAACAACCUAACCUCCUGCUCGGUGUUUAAUCCUUCAGUUGCGACACAGUUUGAUUUUAGGGAAUCUUUCCAACGCCAGCUGACUCGUCUUAUUAAGCGCUCUUCUCGCUGUGACUGUAGGGUUGCAAGCAGAACGACGUGACGAUUGUGUACACUAUGUGGGAGAACCUGCGUAAGACCGCCAACAUGGAGGUGGGACAGGUGGGUUUUCACGACGGGAAGCAGGUGCGCAAGGUGGUGGUGGAGAAGCGCAUCAGUGAGAUCAUCCGGCGGCUGGAGAAGACCCAGCAGGUGGUGGAAAAUCCGGAUCUACGGGCUGAGCGGGAGGCCCGAGACGAACGUGUGCGCCAGAAGGCCAAAGCUGCUCAGCGUGCUCGUGAGCAAGCUGAGCGCCAGGCCGAGAAGAUUCGUCAGAGCGAGCUGGAGCGUCGCUCCUAUGACCGCCUCUUUACUCCCGAGAAAAUGCGCUCCAAUGAGGACGGCUACGAUUCGGAUGACUUUAUGUGA